UUUCGUCGUGCUCUGGUCAAUUCAAAAACAGUUCUUCAACGAGUCGGACGUGUCGUGCGCGUGUUGCUUUAAAUAGUAAAAGAUAAUUUGAAUCGGAAAAGGAAACAAACAAUUAAGCAAAAUGGAUUGUGGAACAUCUAUGGUUAAAUAUAUACUCUUUAUAUUCAAUACCAUUGUGUCGAUUAUUGGCAUUUUGGGCAUUGUGUUUGGCGUGAUUAUACUGCAGAGCGUUGGCACCAUUGAGGUCAAUGGCCAGACCGGCUUCCCACCUCAGGCAGCGAUGCCCAUCCUGAUGAUCACCCUUGGCUCUCUGGUAGUGUUCAUCUCGUUCCUGGGCUGCUGCGGUGCCAUUCGCGAAUCUGUGUGCAUGAUGAUGAGCUAUGCCGUCUGUCUGUUGGUCCUUCUCAUUCUUCAGCUUACAAUUGUUGUACUGUUGUUCACUAACAAGGAGAAGUUCGAUACUGCCAUGGGUGAAGUGAUUGACAAGGCCUGGGCUUCGCCGGAAGCCCGUGAGGGCGGUGUAUUUGAUGCCAUUCAGAAAUCGCUUCAUUGCUGCGGCAGCAACGGUGCUCAGGAUUACGUUUCAUUGAGCUUCUUUAACAGCGGACUUCCUUCUAGCUGCUGUGAUGGAACUUGCACUAAUCCAUUGAACAUUUAUGGUGGCUGCCGUGCUAAGUUUGUUGAUUUCAUGUCUGGCAGCUCCGAGAAGGCCAAAUACGUCGGUCUGGGUCUCAUUGUUGUUGAGCUGGUUGGCUUCAUCUUCGCUUGUUGCUUGGCAAAUAAUGUGCGCAACUACAAGCGCCGCAAUGGUUACUAAAUCAAGCAUUUAAAUACAACGCAACCAUAUAUAUACACACACUCACACAUACAUUCUCAUUAACUCUAUAAUAUGUAUUGCCGUACAACGCACACAGAGUAAAAGAAAACAAAAAUAAUGUGAAAUAUUGGAAAUAUAUUCGAUGUAAACCAUUUGGUUACAAAAAUAUUUAAGUUAUUUGUUUAAACAAGAAAAAUGAAACUAUUUUGCAAAAAAAUGAAUUAUAACUAAAAAUCGAGUAUAAACUAGUGUAAGCGCUUAAAUAUUGUCCAAAUAUUACUUUCAUAACAAAUUGCUCUUUUUAAUUACCUAAAAAGUAAAAAAAAAAAAC